AUUUUCCUCUCUCUCUCUCUCUCUCUGUGAAAAGAAACUCCCCUUAAACCCCCCAUGUUCCUUUCUCUUUUUGGUCUAAGCAGCAUCAUCCUCAUCCAUGGCCAUAGCAUUCUUUAACACUCCAUUCUUCACACUCCUUCUAUUCUUCUCUCUCCUCUCACUCUCUCUCUCCUCCUCCAUCCACGACCUCCUCAAAUCAAAAGGCUUACCAGCUGGUCUCUUACCAUCAGAGGUAAAAUCCUUCACCUUCUACGAAAAUGGCCGCUUGGAAGUCUUCCUCAACGCACCAUGCCUAACCAAGUACGAGAACAGGGUCUACUUCGAACGCGUCGUCACCGCCAACCUCACCUACGGUAGCCUCAUCGGUGUGGAGGGUCUGCAACAAGAAGAGCUUUUCGUUUGGCUUCCUGUUAAGGACAUCAUCGUUGAUGAUCCUUCUUCUGGGUUGAUACUCUUUGAUAUUGGUCUCGCUCAUAAACAGCUCUCACUCUCUCUGUUUGAAGAUCCACCCCACUGCAAACCUGAAGGUGGGCUGAGGAAUCAUGUGAGGAAGGAGAAAGGGUUCUUUGAGGCUCUGAGGUAGAAAAAGAUGCCAACCUGUUUUCCGGCUUCAGUUAUUGUCUUUUCCUAUGUCAUCAUGUUUAUAUACUUUUUAGCUUUUUGCAAUUAUAGUCAUAAUAUGUGUAGGUGUUUUUAGUGUAGAGGUUGAGUUGGCUGAGAUCAUGUAAAGAUGUUGGGGGAGGAAAAAAAACAGUGGAAUCUGAUUUUUCUAAUCAAAUUUACAAGCUGUAAUCUUCUAA